AAAUUUCGAUACCAUCUUGCCAUUGCCUUUCCGUUCCCCCGCUUCCCUUUCUUGGCUGGCUUGCUUACGCUGAUCGCUUGCUUCUUGCUUGCUUGCUUGCUGUCUUCAUUUCCAACAGCAGCCGAUCACAGUUGUCAUCACACCAGCACAAGUCAAGUCAAGCACACACAAGAAGCCAUCAGCCACGCUUUGCGUUGAACGCUCUUCCCCUCCCUUGCUUGUCACCCUUCAUCCAACCCACAACACCAGCCAUGGGCAAAGCCAUUGUUGUUGGCGCUGACAUCAGCGACCAGUCCCACGAGGCCCUCAAGUGGACUCUGGCAAACAUGUAUCAGGAUGGCGACAUCAUCCAUCUUGUCCACUGCUUCCGUCCUCUCCAGCCCGCCGUCGGCCCUCACUACAGCUACGUCCCCACAGAAGAGGAGCAGGCCAACUGGCGCCGCCAGCAGGCAAAGGUUCUUGAGGAGAACAUGGUUGAGGCCAAGAAGCUCAAGGCCGAUGUCCACUACAAGAGCGUCCUCAUCGCCGGCGACCCACGUGACGAGAUCAUCGCCUACGGCGAGAAGGAGGGUGCCGUCGCCAUCGUUGUUGGCAACCGCGGACGCGGCGCAUUGAAGCGUGCUUUCCUGGGCUCCGUGUCCAGCUACCUUGUGCAUCACAGCCAGAACAUCCCUGUUGUUGUUGUCCACUGCAAGCACGAGGAGGAGUCCAAGUGAGACGCCCACUGCUUCUCACCCCAGUGGCGUCCUUCCCACUCACCUGUCUUGUUCAAGUAGAUCCCAACCUCACCUCUCCCUUGUUGUAUCCCUCUUGGUAACUCUUCCUCUUCUCCCACCUUGUUUUUUUCCCACUUCCACUUCUGCAUUCGCUUCCCCGUCAUUGUGCGGCGCGUGCGUGUGGGAACCGUUAGCCCCUUUCUUCUUGUCCUUCGUUGGUUUCUUGCCCCCAACAACAAUGAUGCUUGGUGUUGCACAUGUUGUUCUGUUGCUUUCCUCAUUCGCUCCAUAUCAGUUCCACACUGUGGCAACUUUGCUGUGUAAUGUUGCUUGUGUGUCACCUUUGGUGGUGUCUUGUCUUGUGCAACACUUGUCAAGUGCAUGCAUUUGGCGCUGCGCACUCGUGCGUCCGUCAGACAAGUACAUCAUCAUCAUCAUACAAGCACCAGGUCUCCAC